AUGGAUUCGUUUUUUAGUCUAUUCGACCCUUCAGAGGGUAGCCAGAACAAGCCAAAGAAUAAAAAGAGGCACAAACCCGAACAGGACACCGUUAAGAAGAAACCUGACGCACCUAAGGGACGCAGAAGAGGACGCAAGUCAGCGGUGAAGAACGAGACGUUACCAGAAGAAUCUUCGUUCCUCUGUGAGCCUGAUCUCAGUACUGAUCUCCUAGUGAAAGAUGUUAGCUAUAUAGAAAACUUCAUUGAGAUUAAUAAGAAGGAAGAUGACAAAACAGACCCCGACAAGAAACCGAGGCGCAGAAACUCAGGACGCAAAUGUAGACGGAAAAAGAACAAAAUAUCCCCUCUAAAGGACUUACCCAACCAGGCGUGGGUAGAAACCAACCCGGACAAUAAUGAGACCAAAAACUGGAACAAUCAACUUCUGGUACAAAAGAUAUGUGACGAGAACAUCGGCAAGAAUGUCAACGAUUUAAAAAAUGAAAUGAAGAUUAAAAAUAAACGGAAUGAAGUAUCGACUAUCGAUAAAUUCCGUGAUAGGGAUGUCUAUAAUGUUAUCGAUAAGUUAGAAAAGGUUAUUCUAAAGGACGAUAUGUAUUUGGCUGGUGAAUUUGAUACUAAUGACUUGGAAAACGAUUUCUUUUAUAGUUCUGAUGAUUUGGAGGAUUUUAUCGAUGAUUCUACCUCAGAGCCGGACGACUCAGGAGACGAAGUGUACGGCAGUCUACCCCCCGAGCCCAGGUUCGGCAACGUCGAGUACAAACUGCAACUAGUCUCGCUGUGUGAAAGGAGGUUCCAGCAUCUAGUUACUCAGCUAAAAUGGCGUCUCCGAUCUGGCGGUGGAAGUGCAGUGUACGUGCUGGGGGUCCGAGACUGCGGGGCGCUGGUCGGGCUCCGAGCGAGGGCACUGCGCGGCUCGCUCGUCACGUUACGUAGAAUGGCCGGGGCCCUUGGCGCUACUCUCACACACGUCACCGCGAGACGAGUCGCCCCACACCGAGCUGUCGCUGAAGUUUAUGUUAGAAAGUUACCUGAUCCAAAACAGAGCGUGGAGCUCCGAGUGGCCGUGAUGGGGGCCAAUGAAGCUGGCAAGUCCACGCUCAUAGGAGUACUGACGCAAGGUGAAUUGGACAAUGGCAGAGGCAGCGCACGUCUGAACAUGUUCCGACAUCUGCACGAGGUUAAGAGUGGGAGGACAUCGUCUCUUAGCCACGAGAUACUCGGGUUCGAUGCUCAGGGUAACGUAGUAAACUACGGAUGUUCAGAGCUGAUGACGGCUGAGAGGAUCGGCGAGAGGAGUGCGAAGCUGGUGUCGUUCCUGGACCUCGCCGGCCACAGCAAGUACCAGCGCACCACGCUGCACGGUCUCACCGGGUACUCGCCGCACUACGUCAUGCUCGUGAUCUCUGCCACAGCCGGUAUAACUCCAAUAACGGAGGAGCACAUAACCCUGCUGUCGGCGCUGGACGUGCCAUUCUUCGCCGUCAUCAGCAAGUGCGAGCUCGCCGCCGCGGCCGUGCCCGCGCUCACCGCCAGGCUCGCCGGCCUGCUCGCCGCCUCCAACAAGAAACCCAUACUGAUUACUGAUGAAAACCUAGCCAGGAACUGCGUGGCUCCUCAGAAGUUGAUCAUUGAUGCACUGGAUCAUACCAAAGAAGAAACCGCGGAGGGCGGCCAGGUCCCCGUGUUCCCGGUGAGCAGCGUGCGCGGGCUGGGGCUGAGCGCGCUGCACGCGUACCUGCUGGCACUGCGACACCCGCACCCCGCCGCCAGCCCCGGGGACGAAACAUGCGAGUUUCAAAUCGACGAGAUAUUCCACGUGGGAGACAAUUCCGGCCCCGUCGUGGGGGGACUCUUAGCUAGGGGACAGCUGAGGGAGGGUGAUAAUGUCAUUAUAGGCCCGCUAGAGGACGGCUCGUUCUCCCCCACGACGGUCCGCUCCAUAUACCGCAACCGCGCGCCGUGCGGCUGGGUGCGGGCGGGGCAGUGUGCCAGCGUGGGGCUGGCGGCGGGCGCGCGGCCCCGCCCUGGCAUGGUGCUGCUGGCCCCGCCGCGGAGGGCGCCCAGGAGACCUGCCUUCGGGGCCUGCGCCCCUGGACACUGCAAACAGGGCAACCAGCUGAAGCAGCUUAUAGACCAGAAUCUUUCGGAGAAGACGAAGAAUCGUAAAAACGUUCGGAGGAAAAACAAGAAUCUACUUCGAGACAUUGAAUCUGAAGAGAAUAUAUCGAAAGAGAUUGUAAUAGACAACAAUAUAUUGUAUGACGAUGACGAUGACGUCACGUACGAUGACUGCGUGUGCUCCGACAAAGUCCUGCUUGAAGAUCCCAAUGAUCCGAGAGGAUGUAUCUAUUUUCAGGCCUCAGUGCACGUACUGCGCCACUCCACCGUGAUAUACCCCGGCUUCCAGUGCACUGUACAUGUCGGGAACGUCAGGCAGACGGCUAUCAUAGAGGGUAUAAUGUCCCUGCACGCAGUGCUCCGCGCGGACGAGAGGGCGUCCGUACUGUUUCGAUUCGUGCGCUGUCCGGAGUACUUGGUCAAAGGACGACGACUACUGUUCACCGCUGGACUGGGGACCAGAGGCAUCGGCCGGAUCACUCAAGUAUUUCCCUACGUACCUUGA